UUUUUUUUACUUUGAGUUAUAUUCUAGUACUACAUUAUCUUAUUGCUAAUACUGUUCCAGCUUUGGUGAUUAGGAGCUCUUUCAUUUAGUUUUUGUGUCUUUUUGAUGUUGCCCUGUUUAGUUUUUUUUGGACACCUCUUUACUGGCAUUUUAUAAUCUUGUAAGCAGCAGCCUUCUCUGGUAUUCUUCCUUUUCUAGCCCUAGAAUCAGCCACUUCUCCAAGGAGCUCUGUUUUUUUUUUUGUUUUGUUUUCAAGGAUAACAUUUAGAAAACAAGACCUAGAUAUAAGGAGUGCUCAUUAUUAACUAAGGUGUUGCUACUUCUAGGCCCUCAGGUUUAGAAGCCAUUUUUAGGGGGAGGCUUUUCUCUACCAUAUCAGUUUCUUCUAUAUUCAUUGUCUCUUAAGAUUUUCCAGGUGUUCUUGAGUCAAUAAUUGAUAUUUUUUUUAGAAAAUUACUGUCUUAGAUUAGAUUUUCUAAUUUAUUUUAAUAAAAGUAUAUACACAUAGUAAGUAGCCUCUUUAAAAUCAUUAAAAUCUGUUUUCUAUUUUCUGAUUUCAAUAUUUUACACUUUGUUUUUGCCUUAAUCAAACUUGCUAAUGGUUUUUAAAAUUUUUCUUCUUUUUACCUUUUUUCAGUCUCUUUCUCUCUCCUUCCCUCUACCCCGUCUCAGUUGAAUGAUUAAUUUGUUUUUAUUUGUUCUUGUUUUAAGACGUGUUAUUUAAUGCCACAUAUUUCCUUUAAUUGAGGACAGUUUGAUUUUCAUUUUUUUUCCUUUUUAAGAAAGAGGCAUUUGGGCUGGGUGCGGUGGCUCAUGCCUGUAAUCCCAGCACUUUGAAAGGCUGAGGCGGGCGGAUCACUAUGUCAGGAGAUCGAGACCAUCCUGGCUAACAUGGUGAAACCCUGUCUCUACUAAAAAUACAAAAAAUUAGCUGGCCAUGGUGACGAGCACCUGUAGUCCCAGCUACUCUGGAGGCUGAGGCAGGAGAAUGGCGUGAACCCAGGAGGUGGAGAUUGCAGUGAGCCGAGAUCGUGCCAGGGCACUCCAGCCUGGAUGACAGAGCAAGACUCUGUCUCAAAAAAAAAAAAAAAAAAAAAAAAAAGAGGCGUUUAAGGCUACAGUAACCAAAACAGCAUGGUACUGGUACCAAAACAGAUAUAUAGACCAAUGGAACAGAACAGAGGCCUCAGAAAUAACACCACUCAUCUACAACCAUCCGAUCUUAGACAAACCUGACAAAAACAAGCAAUGGGGAAAGGAUUCCCUAGUUAAUAAAUGGUGUUGGGAAAACUGGCUAGCCAUAUGCAGAAAAUUGAAAGUGCACCCUUUCCUUACACCUUACGCAAAAAUUAACUCAAGAUGAAUUAAAGACUUAAAAAUAAGAAAACCAUAAAAAUUGUAGAAGAAAACCUAGGCAAUACCAUUUAGGACAUAGGCAUGGGCAAAGAAUUCAUGACUAAAACACCAAAAGCAAUGGCAACAAAAGCCAAGAUUGACAAAUGGGAUCUAAUUAAACUAAAGAGCUUCUGCACAGCAAAAGAAACUACCAUCAGAGUAAACAGGCAACCUACAGAAUGGGAGAAAAUUUUUGCAAUCUAUCCAUAUGACAAAGGGCUAAUAUCCAGAAUCUACAAAUAACUUAAACAAGUUUACAGGAAGAAAACAACCCCAUCAAAAAGUGGGCGGAGGAUAUGAACAGACACUUCUCAAAAGAAGACAUUUAUGCAGCCAACAAACAUAUGAUGAAAAGCUCAUCAUCACUGGUCAUUAGAGAAAUGCAAAUCAAAACCACAGUGAGAUACCAUCUCAUGCCAGUUAGAAUGGUGAUUAUUAAAGUCAGGAAACAACAGAUGUUGGAGAGGAUGUGGAGAAAUAGGAGUGCUUUUACACUGUUGGUGGGAGUGUAAAUUAGUUCAACCAUUGCAGAAGACAGUGUGGCGAUUCCUCAAGGGUCUAGAACUAGGAAUACUAUUUGACCCAACCAUCCCAUUACUGGGUAUAUACCCAAAGGAUUAUAAAACAUUGUACUAUAAAGACACAUGUACAUGUAUGUUUAUUGCAGCACUGUUCACAAUAGCAAAUACUUGGAACCAACCCAAGUGCUCAUCGGUGAUAGACUGGAUAAAGAAAAGGUGGCAUAUGCACACCAUGGAAUAUUAUGCAGCCAUAAAAAAGGAUGAGUUCAUGUCCUUUGCAGGGACAUGGAUGAAGCUGGAAACCAUCAUUCUCAGCAAACCAACACAAGAACAGAAAACCAAACACCGCAUGUUCUCACUCAUAAGUGGGAGCUGAACAACGAGAACACCUGGACACAAGAAGGGGAACAUCACGCACCGGGGCCUGUUGGGGAUGGGGUGCUAGGGGAGGGAUAGUAUUAGGAGAAAUACCUAAUGUAGAUCAUGGGUUGAUGGGGGCAGCAAGCCACCAUGGCAUGUGUAUACCUGUGUAACAAACCUGCAUGUUCUGCAUAUGUACCCCAAACUUAAAGUAUAAUAAUUUUUAAAAAGUAUGUGUUGCCAAUAUGAGGACUAUUCUUUGAUUUUUAAUUUUUACUUUUAUCGGAUAAUGGUAAGAGAAUAUGGCUUAUAUAGGUUCCACUUUGAGGAGUUUAUUAAUUUUUCUUUGUAGUUUAAUAUAUUGUAACAUUUUAAGAGUAAUCUCUUUUCUCUCUGGGUAUAUAUAACAUAUAUUAGAUCAAAUGUCUUAAUUAUCAUGUAAAUCUUACUUUUUUAUCCGAUUGGUUUUUGUUCAUUUAAAUCCUUUACUCAAAAUGGAAAGAAUGCCAAUAUGCUAUUAUUGUUAUUUCUUCACAUCUCCUUGUAUUUCUAAAAUCAAUAUUUGCUAUUUAUGUAUUCCAAAGAUUUAUCAUCACAGUCAUAACUUUUUAUAUCUCUUUUACUGGUGAAGUUUACCUUUUAAGAAUAUGAAGCAUUCCUCUUUUCUAUUUAAUGCCUUUCUCCUUGAAUAUUAUUUUUGUCUGGUAUUAAUAUGCAAACCUAGUUUUGGUUAAUGUUGCUUGAUAGAUCCUCUUCCCUCUUGUCCCAUUCAUAAUUUAUAUUUUGAUUUUUUUGAAUGUAGGUCUAUUCCUAAAAUGUAUAAUUUUAUUUUGGUUGUUUAUUGCUUUACAAAAAGAAUACCUUGCUGUAUGUAAUCUUUAUGGACUUGUGCUUUUUCCUUCAAUAUUAUAAUGCUUAUAUUCAUCCAAUUACUAUGAAGAGCUUUAGUUUGUUGGUUUUGGUUGCUGUACUGUUUUGUGAUUAUACACGAUUUAUUUACUAUCCUGUUGAUUGGUGUUUAUGUUGUUUUUAAGUUUCUGAUUUGUAAGUAGUGUUGGUGUUAACAUUCCUAUACAUACCACUUGUACAUGUAUAAGAGUUUUCCUUGGGUAUAUACCUAAGGGUGGAAUGCUGAGUAGUAUGGUAUAUAAAUGUUCAAUUUUAGAGAUGAUCCUAUACUGUUUUUCUAAUUGGUUGCACCAAUUUGCACUCUUACCAGUGACGUAUAAGAGUUAUAGAUUUACAUUCUCCACAACUCUUGGCAUUAUAUGGGUUUUUAACAUUUGCCAAUCAAGUAGGUGUAAAGUGAUAUUUCAUUAUAGGCUUGAUUUUUAUUUGCAUGAUCAUUAAUGACAUAAAACAUUUCUUCAUGUUUUAGGUAAGUAUUUUCUGUUCUGUAGAAUGUGGCUGUUCUUCCCCUUUUCUGUUGAGUUCUAUUGGGUUGUUUACUUUUCCUUUUUAUUUUUAGGCUUUUUUCACAAAUUGUUACUAGUUUUUUAUUAGUUAUGUAUAUUGGAAAUAUCUAUAACAGUUUUUAACUUAGAUUUUCAUAUUCUUAUAUCUAUUAGCAAAAAAUAUUAAUUUCAACAAUCAAAUUUAUCAAUAUUGUCCUUUAUAGAUAGUACUUUUUGUGUUCUGCUUCAAAAAUCUUCUCUAUCUUACGUUAUAAAAGUGGUUCACCUGUAUUUUCCAUUAAGUGUUUUGAAGUUUUGUUUUUGACAUUUAAAUCUUCAAUCCACUUAGAAUUAUUUUUUACAGCUCCUUUUAUUGGACUCUUCUUUCACCAUCUCACGUCACCUCUGUUUUAUGCUACAUUUCAUGCAUGCAUGAACUGUUUCUGGAUUCCCUAUCCUCGUUUGUCUGCUCCAUUAUCAUGUUAUCUUACUUAAGAAACUUGUUGUCCUACACAGGAGAACAAGAUCUUUCUUGUGGCUUCUUGUCCUUUUACUCAUCCUUAUACAUUUUAGAAUUAAAUUGUCAAGUUCUAUCAAAAACUGUUGAGAAUUGUUUUAAAUCAGAUCAUUUGGGAAAUAAUUCACAUCUUCCUGAUAUUCUUCUUAUUUGUGAAUGCCAUAUUAUUACAUUUCAAUUAGGCCUUUAAGAAUAUUCGUUACUGCUUUUUUUUUCGCAACGGGUUUGCCGCCAGAACACAGGUGUCGUGAAAACUACCCCUAAAAGCCAAAAUGGGAAAGGAAAAGACUCAUAUCAACAUUGUCGUCAUUGGACACGUAGAUUCGGGCAAGUCCACCACUACUGGCCAUCUGAUCUAUAAAUGCGGUGGCAUCGACAAAAGAACCAUUGAAAAAUUUGAGAAGGAGGCUGCUGAGAUGGGAAAGGGCUCCUUCAAGUAUGCCUGGGUCUUGGAUAAACUGAAAGCUGAGCGUGAACGUGGUAUCACCAUUGAUAUCUCCUUGUGGAAAUUUGAGACCAGCAAGUACUAUGUGACUAUCAUUGAUGCCCCAGGACACAGAGGCUUCAUCAAAAACAUGAUUACAGGGACAUCUCAGGCUGACUGUGCUGUCCUGAUUGUUGCUGCUGGUGUUGGUGAAUUUGAAGCUGGUAUCUCCAAGAAUGGGCAGACCCGAGAGCAUGCCCUUCUGGCUUACACACUGGGUGUGAAACAACUAAUUGUCGGUGUUAACAAAAUGGAUUCCACUGAGCCACCCUACAGCCAGAAGAGAUAUGAGGAAAUUGUUAAGGAAGUCAGCACUUACAUUAAGAAAAUUGGCUACAACCCCGACACAGUAGCAUUUGUGCCAAUUUCUGGUUGGAAUGGUGACAACAUGCUGGAGCCAAGUGCUAACAUGCCUUGGUUCAAGGGAUGGAAAGUCACCCGUAAGGAUGGCAAUGCCAGUGGAACCACGCUGCUUGAGGCUCUGGACUGCAUCCUACCACCAACUCGUCCAACUGACAAGCCCUUGCGCCUGCCUCUCCAGGAUGUCUACAAAAUUGGUGGUAUUGGUACUGUUCCUGUUGGCCGAGUGGAGACUGGUGUUCUCAAACCCGGUAUGGUAGUCACCUUUGCUCCAGUCAAUGUUACAACGGAAGUAAAAUCUGUCGAAAUGCACCAUGAAGCUUUGAGUGAAGCUCUUCCUGGGGACAAUGUGGGCUUCAAUGUCAAGAAUGUGUCUGUCAAGGAUGUUCGUCGUGGCAACGUUGCUGGUGACAGCAAAAAUGACCCACCAAUGGAAGCAGCUGGCUUCACUGCUCAGGUGAUUAUCCUGAACCAUCCAGGCCAAAUAAGCGCCGGCUAUGCCCCUGUAUUGGAUUGCCACACGGCUCACAUUGCAUGCAAGUUUGCUGAGCUGAAGGAAAAGAUUGAUCGCCGUUCUGGUAAAAAGCUGGAAGAUGGCCCUAAAUUCUUGAAGUCUGGUGAUGCUGCCAUUGUUGAUAUGGUUCCUGGCAAGCCCAUGUGUGUUGAGAGCUUCUCAGACUAUCCACCUUUGGGUCGCUUUGCUGUUCGUGAUAUGAGACAGACAGUUGCGGUGGGUGUCAUCAAAGCAGUGGACAAGAAGGCUGCUGGAGCUGGCAAGGUCACCAAGUCUGCCCAGAAAGCUCAGAAGGCUAAAUGAAUAUUAUCCCUAAUACCUGCCACCCCACUCUUAAUCAGUGGUGGAAGAACGGUCUCAGAACUGUUUGUUUCAAUUGGCCAUUUAAGUUUAGUAGUAAAAGACUGGUUAAUGAUAACAAUGCAUCGUAAAA